AUGGAGGCGGAAGCUGUCGGGCAGGUUGGUAGUCUGGUUGAUCCCAACAUGAUGGCUGGUGCGGCGAGGGCUGGCCGUAUUGCUGAAGUCCGAGCUGCUGGUGUUGGAUGGGUGGGUUCCAACAAGUUGGUGGAGAUUUGGUGUCUCUUCCAUGGAGUCCACCUGGCAAAAAAUUUGGGCAUCCGGAAGCUAAUAGUGGAAAGUAAUAGUGCUGUUGAGGUUGCCAUGAUGAUGGGGCAUUUUGAGGUAACUGUUAACUGCCAGAAUAUUGUGGAGAGGUUGCGUGGCUUAUUACAAGAUUUUGAGUCGGUGGUAAUUCAACAUGUGCAUAGAGAAGGUAAUUUUGCUGCAGACUUUCUCUCCCAUUAUGCGUAUAGCUUUCAUAAAGGAGUUCAUGUUCUUGAAGGCCCUCCACCGGGUAUGAAUGUUUGGCUACUUCAUGAUAGAUUAGGUGUUACUUAUUUGCGAUAG